AUGGGCUCGGACGACGAGCACCGCGUCCAUCGUGCGCGGCGCAGCCGCCUCGACGACGACGGAAGAGACGAAGAAAGACGGCGCAGAGACCCCGCAGACCGCGAAAGCCACCGGCGCAGGCGAAGCAAAGGCCGAGACCACGGGCGCGAACGCGGACACGAACGCGGUUCCGACAGACAUAGAGAAAAACGGGGGUCUCGAUCACGGGAGCGUCGCGAGAGACGCCGCUCGCGCACCCCCGACCCUUCCACACGGCAGCGCCCCCGCUCCCGUUCACGAGACCGCUCACGAGACCGCGACAGAGAACGGCGCAGACGACGAUCUCCCGACGCGGACGGCGACGCCGGCGGAAAAGAGCUUACCCGUCACCAUCGCCGCCGCCACCGCGAAUCCUCCGUCUCCGACUCGGGGUCCGACGCCGCAAAACGCAAACGGCCCGCCCCCGCCAGCCCCCUCCGCCGCGCGGGGCCGCUCCCGGACCAGAACGCCUCUUUCGCAGUCUCCAACGGCGAGGAGCCCGAGAAGCCCAAAGAGAAGCCGAACCUCCGCACGACGGGCCUCCUCGCGGCGGCCUCCAACUCGGUGCAGCAGGCCGACGGCACCUCCAUCGUGCUGAAAUACCACGAGCCCGCCGAGGCGCGGAAGCCGCCAGCAAAGGACCAGUGGAGGCUCUUCAUCUUCAAGGGGGCCGACAUUAUCGACACGGUGGACCUGAGCGCGCGGAGCUGCUGGCUCGUCGGACGCGAGGCGGCGGUCGUGGACCUCAUGGCGGAACACCCGAGCAUCAGCAAGCAGCACGCCGUGAUCCAGUUCCGGCACGUCGAGAAGAGGAACGAGUUUGGCGACCGCAUCGGCAAGGUCAAGCCGUACCUGAUCGACCUGGAGAGCGCCAACGGGACGGUGCUGAACGGGGACAAGGUUGCGGAUAGUCGGUACUAUGAGUUGAGGGAUAAGGACAUGGUCAAGCUGGGACACAGCACGCGGGAGUACGUCAUCAUGCUGGCGCCAAAGGAAUAG